AUGGCCAGCGGCUCUGAUCCCCCGAAACAGUACGGAAUAACCAAGCCCUUGUCGUUGCUCGGGCCGGUGGAGGCCGACCUCCAGAGGACGGCGGAACUAGAGAAGUUUUUGGUCGAGACGGGUCUCUAUGAGAGCCCUGACGAAUCUGCUAGGCGGGAGGAGGUGCUGGGGAAACUUGACCAGAUUGUAAAAGACUGGGUGAAGCAAUUGACUAGUCAGAGAGGAUAUACUGAUCAAAUGGUUGAAGAGGCAAAUGCUGUACUCUUCACCUUUGGCUCAUACCGUCUUGGGGUUCAUGGACCUGGAGCUGAUAUUGAUACACUCUGUGUUGGACCUUCAUAUGUGAACCGUGAGGAAGAUUUUUUUAUUGUACUGCAUGGGAUAUUAGCACAAACAGAGGAUGUGACCGAGCUGCAGCCUGUACCUGAUGCACAUGUCCCUGUUAUGAAAUUUAAGUUCCAUGGAAUAUCUAUUGACCUUCUUUAUGCCAGUGUCUCCCUCUUAGUAGUACCAGCUGACUUGGAUAUCUCUCAAGGAUCAGUCCUUUAUGACGUCGAUGAAGCUACUGUCCGUAGUCUUAAUGGGUGCAGAGUAGCGGAUCAAAUCAUUAGACUUGUUCCAAAUAUUGAGAAUUUUCGCACGACAUUAAGAUGUUUGAAGUACUGGGCAAAAAGAAGAGGUGUUUACUCUAAUGUUACUGGUUUUCUUGGUGGUGUCAACUGGGCUUUACUGGUUGCACGUGUCUGCCAGCUCUAUCCCAAUGCUGUGCCAAGUAUGCUGGUCUCACGGUUUUUUAGAGUUUUUACACAAUGGCAGUGGCCAAAUCCGGUUAUGCUUUGUUCCAUAGAAGAGGAUGAAGUUGGUUUCCCCGUUUGGGAUCCACGCAAAAAUCCUCGAGAUAGAUGCCAUCAUAUGCCCAUUAUAACCCCUGCAUACCCGUGCAUGAACUCGAGCUAUAAUGUUUCCACAAGCACGCUGAGGGUUAUGAUGGAACAAUUCCAGUUUGGUAAUAAAAUUUGCCAGGAAAUUGAAAUGAAUAAGGCCAGCUGGUCUGCUCUGUUUGAGCCUUUUCAAUUUUUCGAAGCAUACAAGAAUUAUCUACAGGUUGACAUCAUCGCCGAGGAUGAUGAAGACCUUAGACUUUGGAAAGGAUGGGUUGAAUCUCGAUUGCGGCAACUAACUUUGAAGAUUGAACGUGAUACAUAUGGAAUGCUACAGUGUCAUCCGUACCCACAUGAGUAUGCAGACCCUUCUAGGCAGUGUGCUCAUUGUGCUUUCUUCAUGGGAUUAUCAAGGAAAGAAGGUGUGAAAAUACAGGAAGGACAACAGUUCGAUAUUCGUGGAACGGUGGAUGAGUUUAGGCAUGACAUCAAUUUGUAUAAGUUCUGGAAGCCCGGGAUGGAGUUAGCUGUUUCUCAUGUUCGGAGGAAGCAGAUCCCAGCUUAUGUGUUUCCAGAGGGUUAUAAAAGACCUCGCCCUUCAAGACAUGUGAACCAUCAGUCUGAUAAAAAUGACACUGAAGAUGGCACAGCAACCAGGUCCCCGGACAGUCAGCUGAAGAGAAAGCUUGAUUCUGUUGGAACUGAUGAUAUUGAACCCAGCAGGUCUGCUAAGAGGUCAUCGGUCAGCCCAGUUCAUCCGAAAAAUUCACCUCAAUCUGGGAACACUGGCGAUGAGACUAGAUGUAACAACCAAAUAAAAAGGGCUCCUAGUGAUGCAAGUGGUGGUAGUCCGGCUUCACCUCAGGCAUCAGAGAGAAGCCCAGAUACCAUUGUGUCUGCCCCUAGGUGUACGACAAUAGGAGCAGUGUGUUCUGGUGAUGCAGUUAGUAAACAUGUUCCUCUUGUUGAGAACUGCACCACUCCAACUGUAGCAGUGUGCACAACUUUGAAGCGCGUAGCUGAGAAAGUUGUAUCAGAGCUAGUUGGAAGUGAAAGGUUGGGGAGCAACAACAGUGCUGAAUUGGUGGAGAGUAUGGAAAAGGAUGUCCUUGCUGAAAAUGUUCGUUUUGGCGGGAAUGGAGUUACUCAAGGUGGCCUUCCCGAAGAGUUAGAGGUGAUGCUUCUGGUGCACACUGCUCCAGUUUUUGUGCUGUCUAACAUGAUCUGA